UUCAUUAUUUAAAAAAAAAAAUUCAUGGUUCAGCUUAUAAUUAACAACUCCGCCUUUUUCACAUGAACGCGCUCGUAACCGGACAGGUAAACCCAGGGUUAACUGAGCCAGUUAAUAACCUGCUUCGUAGUACAGGUUAUCAGGACGGUCAAUGUUAGGUUCAGUUAACCCAGAUAACGGAAGUUACGAAGGUAACUAUGGUUCUGUUUCAUUCCUUCCUGACUGCCAGUGGCAGUAAACAAAGUGGAUGACUCUACCAGCAGACUCUACCAGACACUAGGAACUGAUACCCACCUACUGUUCUGUUUGUAGAAGGCCAAUGGAAGGACAGCUGAUGCGAGCGUGGACCCAGAGGCCAUGUUAAGAUAGUAGAACCUCGUGAACGCGCAAGGCGGUGCAGCACAGAUGUUCCGUAGUGAUAUUCCUCUCAUUGCCGCCCAGGACGUGGCCGCACCCCUGGUUGAGUGACAAACAACAUCUGAGAGGACUGGUUCACGUGCCACCUCGUACGCCUGUUUUAUUGUUUCAACCACCCAAUGGGAGAGCCUCUGUUUAGACAGCGCCUGCCCUUUGUUUUUGCCGCUGUAGCACACAAACAGCUGCUCUGAGCGUCUAAGGCUCUGUGUUGCUUCAACAUAUGACUGCAGCGCCUGGACUGGACACUGGCAGUCAGGAAGUAAUGCAACAGAACUAAAAGUUAUCCUGGGUAUUUUGAACUUGCUUCGUAGUACAGGCUUCAGGAUGUAUCCUGUUAGCCACAAUGCUCUAGUGCUGUCACGUGAUUUCUCAGAAAUGUUGAAGCCUUUCUCUUGUACAUAAGUUUCACUGCACUUCCCCCUUUGACGGCAGCUCUGAACCUCGCCCGCUGCCCACUGUUACUUCCUGUUUUGCUAACUCACGGUGAAACUGACGAAGCCGUCAGACUACACAGCAAGAUUCUCACACUUUAAACUCCUGAUGAAGAGUCCACUUGGACUUUGAAGUUAUGAGGGUGUGACUCAUCCUCAGAUCAAAUGCACACAAACACCAGGACUGAUGAGGGAGAAUGAGCAGCUUCUUCUCUACAAAUGUUUCUUCUACACAUGAAGGUGCAAAGUGUCUGUAAGUCGACCUGAAGUGAGUUCAGCAGGGAAAAGAUGGCGACACCUAAACAGAUCCUCUUGAUGACUUUGGAGGAUUUGGGAGCAGAGGACUUCAAAAAAUUCAAGUGGUUCCUGCAGCAGAAAGAGGUCCUAGAAGGCUUCCCAUCAAUCCCGAGGACUCGACUGGAGAAUGCAGACAGGAUGGACACAGUGGAUCUAAUGGUCCAGACCUACUGUAUAAACACCAUUAAAGUCACCAGAAUGGUUCUGGUGAAGAUGAAUCAGAAUGAUCUAGUGGAAAAUUUCACAGACAUCAUCUCAGUACCCACUGAGAUUCUCACUUACUGCCAACGUAAACUCAAAUCUAACCUGAAGAAGAAGUUCCAGUGUGUGUUUGAGGGGAUCUCUAAAGCAGGAAACCCAACCCUCCUGAAUCAGAUCUACACAGAGCUCUACAUCAGGGGGCGGACUGGAGAGGUCAAUGAUAAACAUGAGGUCAGACAGAUUGAAACAGCAUCCAGGAAACCAGACAGACCAGAAACAACCACCAGACAAGAAGACAUCUUUAAAGUCUCACCUGGAAGAGAUGAACCAAUCAGAAGAGUGAUGACACUGGGAGUGGCUGGCAUUGGGAAAACAGUCUUAACACAGAAGUUCACUCUGGACUGGGCUGAAGACAAAGCCAACCAGGACAUACAGUUCACAUUUCCAUUCUCUUUCAGAGAGCUGAAUGUGCUGAAAGAGAAAAAGUUCAGCUUGGUGGAACUUGUUCAUCACUUCUUCACUGAAACCAAAGAAGCAGGAAUCUGCAGGUUUGAACAGUAUCAGGUUGUGUUCAUCUUUGACGGUCUGGAUGAGUGUAGACUUCCUCUGGACUUCCACAACACUGAGAUCCUGACUGAUGUUACAGAGUCCACCUCAGUGGACGUGCUGCUGACAAACCUCAUCAGGGGGAAACUGCUUCCCUCCGCUCGCCUCUGGAUAACCACACGACCUGCAGCAGCCAAUCAGAUCCCUCCUGACUGUGUUGACAUAGUGACAGAGGUCAGAGGGUUCACUGACCCACAGAAGGAGGAGUACUUCAGGAAGAGGUUCAGAGAUGAGGAGCAGGCCAGCAGGAUCAUCUCCCUCAUCAAGACAUCACGAAGCCUCCACAUCAUGUGCCACAUCCCAGUCUUCUGCUGGAUCACUGCUACAGUUCUGAAGGAGGUGUUGAAAACCAGAGAGGGAGGAGAGCUGCCCAAGACCCUGACUGAGAUGUACAUCCACUUCCUGGUGGUUCAGUUCAAACUGCUGAACGUCAAGUAUCAUGGAGGAGCUGAGACAGAUCCACACUGGAGUAAAAAGAACGGGAAGAUGAUUGAGUCUCUGGGAAAACUGGCUUUUGAGCAGCUGCAGAAAGGAAACCUGAUCUUCUAUGAAUCAGACCUGACGGAGUGUGGCAUCGAUAUCAGAGCAGCCUCAGUGUACUCAGGAAUAUUCACACAGAUCUUUAAAGAGGAGAGAGGCCUGUACCAGGACAAGGUGUUCUGCUUCGUCCACCUGAGUGUUCAGGAGUUUCUGGCUGCUCUUCAUGUCCAUCUGACCUUCAUCAACACUGGAGUCAACUUGAUGUCAGAACAGACAACAUCCCGGUGGACUAUACUGUUAAGACACAAAGCAACACAUUUCUACCAGAGUGUUGUUGACAAGGCCUUAGAGAGUCCAAAUGGACACCUGGACUUGUUCCUCCGCUUCAUCCUGGGUCUUUCACUGCAGACCAAUCGAACUCUCUUACUAGGCCUGAUGACACAGACAGCAAGUAGCUCAGAGAGCAGUCAGAAAAUAGCCCAGUACAUCAAGAAGAAGAUCGCAGAGACUCCCUCUGCAGAGAAAAGCAUCAACCUGUUCCACUGUCUGAAUGAACUGAAUGAUCAUUCUCUAGUGCAGGAGACCCAACAGUCCUUGAGAUCAGGAAGUCUCUCCACAGAUGAACUGUCUCCUGCUCAAUGGUCAGCUCUGGUCUUCAUCUUACUGUCAUCAGAAAAAGAUCUGGAUGUGUUUGACCUGAAGAAAUACUCUGCUUCAGAGGAGGCUCUUCUGAGGCUGCUGCCAGUGGUCAAAGCUUCCAACAAAGCUCUACUGAGUGGCUGUAACCUCUCAGAGAGAAGCUGUGAAGCUCUGUCCUCAGUCCUCAGCUCCCACUCCUCUAGUCUGAGAGACCUGGACCUGAGUAACAACGACCUGCAGGAUUCUGGAGUGAAGCUGCUGUCUGGUGGACUGGAAAGUCCAUAUUGUACACUGGAAGGUCUCAGACUGAGUGGCUGUAACCUCUCAGAGAGAAGCUGUGGAGCUCUGUCCUCAGUCCUCAGCUCCCAGUCCUCUAGUCUGAGAGACCUGGACCUGAGUAACAACAACCUGCGGGAUUCAGGGGUGAAGCUGCUGUGUACUGGACUGGAGAGUUCAUACUGUACACUGGAAUGUCUCAGUCUGUCAGGCUGUCUGAUCACAGAGGAAGGCUGCGCUUCUCUGGCCUCAGCUCUGAGCUCCAAGCCCUCCCAUCUGAGAGAGCUGGACCUGAGCUACAAUCAACCAGGAGACUCAGGAGUGAAGCUGCUGUCUCUUGGACUGGAGGAUCCACACUGGAGACUGGACUCUCUCAGGGUUGGAAGGAACAGGGUCAUUAAAGCGUCCAGAGACAAAACCUUGAAUGUGCUGGGUGAUGCUGAAGAUGAUUUGUGCUCAGAGGAUCCGUCAUCAAUAAAUAAAGGUGACUCUGAUGUCACACUGGACCUAAACACCGCAGAGACAAAGCUGGAUGUAUCUGAGGAUGACAAAAAGCUGAUGAAGCCUCCAUCAAGGUUCAUGCCUAAACUGCAAGCUCAAUCUACACAAGUCUCAUACAGGUUCAGGUGUCCUGGUCCAGGUGGGUUUCGGUGCACAUCAACUGGACUAGUGUUUGUUAUGGCUCAGGAGGCGGAGCUGUUCUACAGGACUAUCCAAUGGGAUGACGGACUUCUCAAAUUAGCUGGCAAGAUGGCUGCAGGGCCACUGUUCGAAAUCCAGUGUCCUGACGAUGCUGUCUGUCAGCUCCACCUCCCACACUGUGAAACAAAAGAUGCUCUGCACUCUGAAGGCCUGCUGGCUGUCCUCCACUUCACUCAUGAUGGAAUGAGCAUCCUCGAACCGCUGGAGAUCACCGACACUCACGUUAUUAUCAAAGUCCCUCAUCUCUCUGCGUUUGGCGUAGUCCGGGUUUUGGAGGUUUUCAAGAGGAUUUGGAAAAAAAUGAACCCAAUUAGCGGCCAAGUGUUGCUGUUCCUCAGACCACCAAACCUCAAAACACAAAACCUCAAUGUGCUUCUCCUGCCAAGCGACAUCUUUCUGGAAGAGGUGUGGAGAAAACAACCAAUCUCUGUGUACAUCCCAGCGCCUUCCAAAUGCGAACUCAUUGAAAAAAGAAAUUACACUGUUCACUGUCCGAUGGCCUGUAAAAUACAGCCUGAGAAAGCAAAGUUUGACCGGGAUGUUGGACCAAAUUACCAUUCAACGUUUGAGAUCCGCCUGCCUACAGACACAGAACAAGUGACUAUAGCAGUUCGAGACGAAACAGAUACAGAUGUCUGGAAGCACGAUGUUGACCUGACUGGUCUUUGCCCAGUAUGGACUCCGACUGUCCUGGCAUGGUCUCCCAGUGUCCCAGCAGGGACUCUGAAUGUCCCAGCAUGGACUCAGGGUGUCCCAACAGGGAUUCCAAAUAUCCCAGCAUGGACUCAGGGUGUCCCAACAGGGAUUCCAAAUGUCCCAGCAUGGACUCAGAGUGUCCAAACAAAGACUGUUAGUGUCCCAGCAGAAAAGAACCUGGCGUCUGUUCGAACAGAUUUCAUCGACAGUGUGUCUGAACCUCUUCUACAUAAGCUGCUGGAUAAACUCCUGGAGUGCAAGGUGGUAACUCAGGAUGAACUGGAGGAUGCUGGAACACAGAAGACCAGGGCAGACAAAGCUCGAGUGGUGAUCAAUACGGUGCUAAGAAAAGGACCAAAAGCCUGUGCAGCUCUGAUUGCUGCUCUCUGUGAGGAGGAUCAGUGUCUUUCAACAAAGCUGAAGUUAAUGUGAAGCAGAAACAGUGUCACAUCUUUAAUUCUUAAGUUUUACCUUUAAACUUUUUCUCUAUUGUUUAAGAACAUUUGGUAAAAACUUUAAAACUCUCCAAACAUGAAUCAGGGUUAUCUAUACUGUACUGGUUCACAUGAUAAAUUCAGUGCAAUGUGUAUUUUCACAGCACUAAUAACAUCAGUGCAACAACAGACUCAUGUCAUAGAAGGGGUUUAAUUUGGAUGUGGACCCUGUGUUCUCUGGCCUGGAAAGGAAAAUCUGUAUAUGUACUGUAUAUUUUUUAUACAUAUGUGUAUUUGUAUAUUUUACAAAUGUAGCUGUACAGUUACUAAAUAUGUCUGUUCCUGGGAAUUUAAGAUCAACAAAGUACAGUUUGUAUUAUUACUUGUUAUGUUGAGUGUGUUGUGGCCACAUAGAGCUGAUCUUGUAAAGAAAGUAUAUAACUUUAAUUAUUUUUAAAGAAUAAGGACCUCAACAGCUAUAGGUCGGCUGGCGCUGACAUCUCACCUGAUGAAGACCCUGGAGCAGCUGGUCCAUCUUUGGCCCCUGGUAAGCCCAUCGAUGGACCCGCUUCAGUUUGCUUAUCAGCCUGGCAUUGGAGUGGAUGACACUGUCAUCUACCUAGCUGCAAAAGUCUCAGACGACUCCGCCGCUGUCGGCCUCAUCACUGAUGGGGACGACAGGUAGUACAGAGAACUGACCCAGGACUUUGUGGACUGGUGCCAGCAGAACCACCUCCAGAUCAACACUGGGAAGACCAGAGAGCUGGUGGUGGACUUCCGCAGACAGAAACACACUCCUCCCACACCGGUGAACAUCCAGGGAAUGGACAUUGAGAUAGUGGACUCUUACAAGUACCUGGGUGUUCACCUGAACAAUAAAGUGGACUGGACUGACAACACUUAUGCACUGUGCAAAAAAGGACAGAGCAGGCUGUAUCUGCUGUGGAGACUCAGGUCUUUUGGAGUGCAGGGGAAACUCCUGAGGACCUUUUAUGACUCUGUGGUGGCAUCAGCCAUCUUUUAUGAUGUGGUCUGCUGGGGCAGCAGCAUCUCCACUGCUGAAAGGAAAAGGCUCAACAAACCGAUCAAGAAGGCCAGCUCUGUUCUGGGAUGCCCCCUAGCCCCAGUGGAGGUAGUGGGCGACAGGAGGAUGAUGGCUGAGAUAUCAUCCCUGUUGGAGAACAUCUCCCACCCCAUGCAGGACACUGACAGUACUGAGCAGCUCCUUCAGCGACAGGCUGCUGCACCCACAGAGUGUGAAGGAGAGAUACCGCAGGUCUUUCCGUCCUGCUGCUGUCAGACGUUACAACAAACAUCUUAUCUUCCUUUUUUGGUUCUUGUCAUUUGGCAAUCUGUUUGUCUUUCUUUGUACUGUCCACUUUGCUGCUGUGAUGCUGGAAAUUUCCCCACUGUGGGACUAAUAAAGGAACAUCUUAUCUGAAACACUGAUAUGAACAUAAUAAAACUAUGACUGUG